AUGGCUUCUGCGCUCGUUGAACUUGAUUCCUUAGAAGUGGUGGUUAUCGUGGACAAUGAAGUUGACCCAAUUUCUAGUUAUAACCACCCAGAUCUCAAGGUGUCUGGCCAAAUGUCCAGUAUAGCGCUCAAGGCGCCACUUGACCCCGCCAGCCGUGGAGGUGCAAGCCACGAGAUUCGUCUCGACAAUCUCUGCUGUGGGGCACAUGGACUAUCACUGAUGAUUACGGCGAUCAAGGGAAAUGAAUGCCGAACUGUGCUCUUCGAUACGGCACCGGAAGAGCACAUCUGGGAACUCAAUGCGAAGAGACUGGGGGCAGAUAUUGGCAAGAUCGAAUGGAUCCAGCUUUCGCACUGGCAUCGUGAUCAUUCUGGUGGAAUAUUGAAGGCGAUACCUAUGAUCCAAGAAGCGAAGUCCUCCAAAGAUGGCUUGACCAUCGACCUCCAUCCAGAUCGACCGGAUUAUCGGGGCUUUCAAGGGCCCAUGGGACCGGUCUCGUUGGAGCGGGACCCGACGUUUGCUGAAAUUGAGGCCACUGGCGCAACUAUGGUAAAGAAUGACAAAGCCCAUACUAUUCUUGACGGCAGUUUCAUGGUCUCUGGCGAGAUCCCAAGGGUGACGCCAUAUGAGAUCGGCUUCUUGAGAGGGAUGAGGUAUAUCGAAGCAACCGGCGUCUGGGAGAAGGACGAGUUGAUACGCGAUGAGCGUCUACUGAUGUGUAAGGUCAAAGGUAAGGGAGUGGUGGUAUUCACCGGAUGCAGCCACGCAGGCGUAGUCAAUGCGUGCAAGCAUGCGCUUGAGCUCGCUGGAGAAGGUUCGCCAUUGCACGCUGUCAUCGGAGGCUACCACUUAGUUGGGCCGAAUGAAGCCUUCAUUAAACAGACUGUCCAGGACCUCAAGGCCCUGGAUCCGCAUGUGCUUAUGCCAGGGCACUGUACCGGCUGGCGGGCAAGGAAUGAAAUUGAGAACGUGUUGCCGGGUCGUCUGGCGCCGUCCACUGUCGGGACCAUAUUUAAUUUUUGA